AUGCCACCAAAUCUCCGCAAUCGCCGCGGCCAAGCCGACGAUAAAACAACUCCCCGAGUCGUUGAAGUCGACACCGACGAAGAGGUCGAAAUCACACGCACCACCGAACAACAACGAGAACGCCACCGUAUCGAGCGUGACAACAAGAAAUAUACCGUAAAAAUCGACGACGACGACGAAAACUUUUGCAUUUCGUUACUCGAUGUCCUACGAGUCAUUGUCACGCUCGUCGUUUUGACGGUUGGAUUGAGUUACUAUGUGACUUCGGGGGAGAGUUAUAUCUGGGGUUUUGAACGGCAGAGGCCCUGGUGGAUGCGGUAUAAUGGUAUCAAACAAUAUUUGCAAGGACCAGUAAUCCUAACCCCAUCCCAACUCGCGCUCUACGACGGAACCGACCCAUCCCUGCCCAUCUACCUCGCUCUCAACGGCACAAUAAUCGACGUCUCCGCGAACCCCGGUGUCUACGGCCCCGGCGGUGGAUACCACUUCUUCGUCGGCCGGGAUGCUACACGCGCAUUUGUGACGGGCUGCUUCCAGGAGGAUCUUACGGGGGACAUGACCGGUGUCGAGGAGAUGUAUAUCCCUGUUGAGGAUGCAGAUGAGUCGCAUCGAGAGAAGACCUUGACAGCGGCGGAGAAGAAGGCUAGGCAUGAGCGGGAAGUGCAGGAGGCGAUGGAGAAGGUGAGGGCGCAGGUUGAUCAUUGGGUUAAGUUUUAUUCGGGCCAUCAGAAAUAUUUUGCUGUUGGGAAGGUGGUGCCGGAACCGGGUCAAGAGGAAGAAGAGCAGAGGGAGGAAAGGAAGUUGUGUGAGGGUGCGCAGAAGAAUAGGCCGAAGCGUAGUGAGUUGAAUAAGCAGUUGUAA